AUGGAUAAACCAGGUUCAGAAAACUACCGUAAUCUGAUAAAAGAUGGCUGGGGAAAAAUGGUAGACCUCAGCUGGCAAAUGCCUGCUACCCCAAGAGGAGUAUAUGAAUGUGAUCAAGUUCACAUAGAUGAUGUUUCUUCUGAUGAUAAUGGACAAGACCUAAGUACCUACAGUUUUGCAACUGAUGGCUUCCAUGCAGCUGCAAGUAGUGCAAACCUUUGUCUGCCAACAGGUGUAAGAGGAGGGGUUGACUGGAUGAGGAAGCUGGCUUUCCGUUACAGAAGAGUAAAAGAGUUGUAUAAUACUUACAAGAACAACAUAGGAGGACUCCUAGGUCCUGCAAAAAGAGAUGCAUGGUUGCAAUUAAGAGCAGAGAUUGAAGCUCUGACAGACUCCUGGCUAACAAAUGCACUUAAAUCCUUAUCAAUUAUCAGCACAAGGAGUAACUGUGUAAAUGUGUUGGUAACAACAACCCAGCUUAUCCCAGCACUUGCAAAAGUCUUGCUAUACAGUUUAGGAGGAGCUUUUCCCAUUGAAAAUAUUUACAGUGCAACUAAAAUAGGAAAAGAAAGUUGCUUUGAACGAAUAAUGCAAAGGUUUGGCAGAAAAGUAGUAUAUGUUGUAAUUGGGGAUGGUGUAGAAGAAGAACAGGCAGCAAAAAAGCACAACAUGCCUUUCUGGAGGAUAUCCAGUCAUUCGGACCUCUUGGCUCUCCAUCAAGCACUGGAACUAGAGUAUUUGUAACUGUGUUCUAAAGUUGGCGAUCCUGUUUUUUAUAUAUAUAUUUCAAGUACACUGAAUUUUUAUGUGUGAUUCAAUGCCUCUGGCUUUACACAUAUGAAUUGUCUUAAGAAGGGAAGAAAUAUUUGGAAUUAAAAAUUCCAAAUUGAAGAAUUCAGAUUGCUGAAUGGAGUUAAAGCAUUAGUGCUACGUAAGGAAGCUCUAUGGUCUUAUAUAUGCAACGUUUUUAAAUGGAUUAAAACUGUGGAGGUUGCUGGUACACACCGAAUGAGCCCUGACAGGAGUGAACAAAGGACUCGAACUGGCAAAGCACCAACACGCGUUUUCCAACUGACAAGGUGGUGUUCAACAACAUUCCUCAAAAUGGGAUAUAUUCUCAGCACUGAGGUUUGAACCAGACUUUAGCCUACCUAACCCAGAAAAUCUGAAUUGGAAUGCACUCAGACUGUAUAAUGACAAUCCUGUCUAGACCUGUAAUUUGUGUAAAUUAUUGAUGAAAAUAACUUACUGUGACUUUAUUAGCAGCUGAUUUUGGAAGUGGAUGCAAUUUUUCUUUCUUUUUGGGGGUCGGGGAGGGAGAGGGUUAUAUAAUAUUGUCUCUUUUAUAAGUUUGGCAAACAGAAUGUGCAUAAUGAUGUGUUGUGCCUUAAGGAGAAGACUGUGUUUGUGUGUUAUAAUGUAACUUUGGUUAAAAACUAUGUAGAUAAACAAACAAAAAAAAAAGCCUUUGUGAUAAUUUUUGACAUGACCAAAUUUGAAAUUUAGAGAAAUCAAAGAGAAUGACUGCACCAAAGCAUUUAAGUUUUCGUUGCAGUGAAAAAAAAAAAAGAAUAAUAAAGGAAAGUUUGUGUUUUUAUUUGGAUUCUCAAUAAUUCCACUGACUGAGGAAAGUUGAGAGUAUGUUGGGAGGUUGAUAGUGGGGACCGCUACCAUGAAAGCUAAAAAAGAAGAGUUUAACACCUUCAACAUCAUUUCUUGAUUCUCUGAUGAGAUAACUAGGAGCCAUUUUCAUGAAUUACUUAGUCCACUGAAAGCCAUGCAAUGAGUGUAUUUGCUGUGUCUGAAGGAACAAACUCCCAGCCAACUGAUGAAGUAUCUGGAGUGCACUAAUGGCAUUACUGGAAGGUGAAAAUAUUCUAUUAAGCACAGAUGGAGGAUAAAACCUAGGUUCUUUAGAAAGAAAAGAAUUCUAAAGAAUGUCUUACUGGUCAGAUGCACAAAUUAUGCUACAUUCAGCAUAUUUAGGAUCAACACUGGCAGCCAGAAUUGCUGGCAAGAUAGCAUUGGCCACUCGGGAGUAGAGUCCAUUUUGGUAAAUAUUUUGGCAUAUUUUGGUAGCUUUUCCAUUCAGUUCCACAUACAGAUGUCUUCUGUUUUGGGUCAACAUGUCUUCCCCUAAUUUUGAUUACAAAAGAUUAAUAUACAAGAGCAACCCUUAAGGGUCUUUGCAUUCAGAUAUUUCAACAGCAUGUCAGGCAUCUGAGAAGAGGAUAAGGAGGGGAUUUUGAUGAAGAAAUACUGAGAAAUAUGUUAACUUUAGUCAUGUAUAUUAAUAAUUUUGGUCCAUGGUGAUAAUUACCUUGCAAGUACUGAACAAGCUGUCUUUCAGCACUGGAAAAUGAGCAAGGUCUGUUUUCAACAUAAGAGCCCCAGCACCCUACAUGAGCACUCUAACGCAACUGCAGUGGUUCAUCUUUCAUUGCAAAAGAUGGAAACUGCUUUUUUUGAUUUUUAUUACCUAUGUGGAGAUGCCUGAGGUUGCCUUUGCUCUAACUCUGUGAAGAAGUGUGAACAAGAGAUGUUAAAUGUAAACUCCAAUGAUGCUUACAGAAGUACAGCUGUCAGCACUGAGCUGAAUUACUUCCACCCCUGUUUUGAAGCCAGUGUAUGCUUAGUAAGCAGGUAGUAAGCAAAUUUCAUCUUUGUUGAUGUGUUACAUAAAAGUUAUUUGGUAGGUGAAAGCUUGGAGCCACUAAAAAAUCAAGGCAAAACUCCUUUGUAACUUCACGAAAAUGGAAUAUUUUGCUGCUUUGGAAUUGGAUAUACAAGUCAUCAUAAAAGAAAAAUAUUUUUUUGUUAUCAUUGGAAAGUGUGAAGCCAUGAGAAUGACCACACAUGAAAUCACUAUGCACCAGCUACUUGGGUGAUAGAUAUGUGUAUUCAAGAAAUAAAAAUGAUGCAUACCUUAUUUAUAUUUACAGAACUUGCCUAGUCACAUUUGCUUAGAAGUACUUUUUGUAAGACCUGCGGUGCCAGUUUUUCAUAGUCUUCAAGUGGGAAAAAAUGUUUCUACUGGAACAGGAAAAAAGGUUGAACAAAGCCCUUCUCAAGUUCCAGCACCAUAACAUUACAUGAGAAUGUCAAUAUAAAAAUUUUUAUUUAAAAAAAAAAUUGGUAUGAUGAAAUAGCUUAUUUUUCAUUUCUUUUUUUCUUUUUUUUUUUUAACAAGUGAUAACAUUAUUUAAAUGCAUGAACCAAUUUUAUUUCUCUUUUUUCUUUAGCUUUUCAGUGUUCUUUACCAAAUCAGAUGUUAGAACAAACAAUAGCCCAGCAACAACCAUCAGUUCUUAAAAAGGUUUGCAGUGGAGUUGUUCUUACCUCUCUGGCAAGACUGACUCAAUUAAUAUACUGGACUUUCAGAGAGGAGGUGGAGGCACAAGGAGGGAAGUUUUGCAGAACACAGUGAAGUUCUGAUUUUAACUUGAAUUCUGUGUCCAAAGUCAGUGAAAGUUAAUUAUAAAAAUAAUCCACAAACAAAUGCACCAGAAAAACAAAACAAAACAAAACAAAGAUUUAUCUCAAAAACCUUCACAAUCCUAAAACUCUAAAGUAAAAUUGCAGAGCAUAAAUACUGUCUUGCUAAGCAAAAAUUAUUAUAUAUCCUUGAACGAGAUUGUGUUGUACGUGCCUGUUUUGUAGAAAGAAAGGACAUUGAUAAAUUUUCCUGCAUGAACAACAGAAAGGAGAAAAUGACCAAGGCAGAGAUGUAUUCAAGACAGACUGCUCCAGAUGGGAUUCAGCUGAAGGCUGGUCAUUUUGACAUUGAGUGCAUUUUAAUUCAACAGUGUAUUAAUCAGAAACUGCCUUCCCUUCAGCCUCUCCUGAACAAUCAAGAUUGAGCACAGUGUCAUGUUUGCAAGUAUUCUGUGCAAAUGACAUGUAGGAUAUAAUGCCGUUUGCUGAUACUCUGAGCAGUUUUCAGUCAUUAUAGAACUUGAAAGUUCAUUAGGCAUUUGAAUACUCAGCUUGCAGAAUACAAACAUAGUGUGAUUGCAGUCACAAAUUAGUAACUUAAAUAGAUAUAACUCCAUGCAGCUCAGCCUAUCAGUGAAAAAAGAAGCAAAAGCUAAAAAUGAUAAUUGUUUUUAGAUACCUAUGGAGAUAGCACACAAAGACAUAGGUGGCAGCUAGCUCCCAAUUAAUGAUUUCAUUAAAAGCCUGCGUGAGCAGCAGUGUUUGCAUCCACAGUAGAUGCAGAGUAUGUUCCAGUGUAAGCACUGACAAGAGAGAUGAAGCCAAAUCAAAAUCCUGUAUACAGGCACACUUCAUCUCAGAGCAGAUGAAAUCCUGCAGCCAACUGAACUGCAGAGUUUGUGGUGAAUGUGGACUUGGCCCACAACAGGAAACCUGAAUUUUAGCUGUGAGUUUGUGUCCAGAUCCGGGGUUUUGGUUCAAAAGUCAUCUCUAUUUUAUAGGAGUGAUAUCAAGCAUAUGCUUGAAAUGAAUAUGGUAUUUAGUAUCUUUGAAGAGGAGCUGAAGUGACAUGAGCCAAAUCCCAGCAAUAGCAGCAUUUUUGAGAUAAAAUUGAAGCCAAGGGUGUCUGUUAUGUAUUAGCAGAUUAUAGUUUAUUGGGGCCUACAUAAUUUAAGAAAAUGUAAAUUAAAAUUAAAAGCUUGUAAAAUUAUGUACAUCUUUACUAUUUCUCAAUAAAUACACUUGGAAAUGUCAUUUUUUGCACUAUAACAUUUUGUAAGAUGUUUGGUUUGCGGUUGAAACCCU